AUGUGGAGAGUUGGUUUGGAUCGACUCCCCACACGGUUGGCUCUUAAGAUAAGGAACUGCAACAUGGGCUCGCUGAUGUGCGGGCUAUGUAAUGAUGAAGAAGAGACUGCGGAACACUUAUUCUGCUCCUGUUGGGUGGCAUUGGAAGUGUGGCAUCAGGUUGGGGUAUGGUGCAAAUCUACACCUUUGUUCAUGUUUGAGGUUAAAGACCUUUUUAAGCUACAUAAUGUGGCUGGAUUCUGCAAGGAGAAAAGGAUGGUUUUCAAAGGAAAUGUGUUCGUGACCUGUUGGAUUUUAUGGAAGACUAGAAACGACAACGUGUUCAACAAUGGCAAGACAAGCACCGAGAAGAUCGUACAGGACAUCAAAGCUAUUAGUUUUUUAUGGUAUAGAAUUAGAAAGAAAAAGGAUGUGAUUACAUGGGAUAAAUGGUGUAGUUUCGAUACGAUGUAA